GUUGUAGAGACGCAGUUACUAGUUAGUGAGAAACUCGCGUGCGCAGCGCAUGCGCCGCGGAGGACGGAUUGAAAAAAAAAACUGUGGAGAUUUUCAAAUUAAAAACGUGUCUUUGGAUUUAUUUCACUGGAAUAUUUUGAACGUUCGAGAAAAUUCCUUCAAGGAUUAGAAAUCUAUGAAAAUAUAAGACUGACGCAAUAAAAUGGCAGAAUCUCAAGCAAACAGUAUAAGUUGGAAACAAGGGUUUUCAGAUUCUACCGCCGAUCCGAACUUGUCUAUGAGCAUAUCGGAGGAGGCGCCAACUCUUGCCGUUACCACCAUUUGCGGGGUCACCAUUGUUAUUCUCCUGGCUAUCGUCGCCGUCUUCGUGUUGGGCAUUCUUAUUGAUUGUAGACAGCAGCGAUUGACAGAAAGUAAACAAAAAGAAAUCAGAAGAUUGAAGGUGAAGAAACCUCAUCCGAGAGUAGAAGACGGCAUCACUAUAGCUGACAAUAUGGAGGAACCUGAUAUGAGCAUACCGCCUUCCGAGGUGAUACGACAGAUUCCCUGAUAGUCUCAAAAGUCUUAGGCUGGACGUAUAUUAUCCAGAAUCUCU